AUGCAGUUACGAGUUAAUUUCACGCCACAGAAGCAGUGGGUUCAAGAAGCUGUUGCUGUUCUGUGCCUGGCGGCCGCCGCGUUCGCCGAGGAGCCUGAGAAGAAACAGGAGAAGCGCGGCCUUCUGGGCCUGGGCUACGGUGGCUACGGCCACGGCCUGGGCGGCUACGGAGGCUACGGUGGCUACGGCCUGGGCGGCUACGGAGGCUACGGCCUGGGACACGGCAUCGGCUAUGCCGCCGCCCCCGUCGCCGUCGCCGCCCCCGUCGCCAAGGUGGCCGUGGCCGCCCCCGCCAUCGGCUACGCCGGUCACGGCCUCGGCCUCGGCGGCUACGGAGGCUACGGUCUCGGCCUGGGACACGGCAUCGGCUACGCCGCCCCCGCCGUCGCUAAGGUUGGCUACGCUGCUCCCGCCGUGAGCUACUCUUCCCUUGGCUACGGCCACGGUCUCGGCUACGGCGGCUAUGGGCUGGGCCAUGGCAUCGGCUACGCCGCAGCUCCCGUCGUCGCUAAGGUCGGCUACGGCGGCUACGGACUCGGCUAUGGAGGCUACGGCUACCAUUAACCAUUCUGACUCGCUUCAUCCCAUCUCCCACCUCAGACCUGCCCCUUCACCCUUCUUGGGUGUUUUCGGAAAGGUUCGGCAAAUUCCGGAACGAUCCGCCGACUGUCCAAAAGGUUCUGAAUCGGAGUCCUCCGGACGUUGCGAAACUUUUUCGGAAAUACCCGGAUUUUAACGGACUUUGAGACUACGAGCGUUUUGUUCUUUGUAAACAGUAUUCCUAUAUUUUCUAGUAAGAAUGUUCGAGAGCCUGUCGUUACACCCAGGCGAGGAGUUGUACAUAUCUACUCAACUCAAAUUUAAAACUAUACCUUUUCCUAUGGCUAGUCUGAAUAUCCUUUCCGUACUAUCACUUUCAUCCAUUUACACACCACUCAUUCCUUCCAUGGCUUCAUCAAGUGCAAUAAUGUUCGUUUGUAAUUUUUAUAACUUAUUUUAUUUACUACAAGCGUUAGCUAUUUGUACGUAAUGGUCCCUGACCAUUGAACUUGCCAAAUUGAGUGAAUAAAAUAUU